AUGUCAUUCAACGUCGAUUUAGAAUCUCAAAACAGCACUCAGGUGCCGUCCAAUGAGACAAAGGCUACUGCUAUCAUUACAAAGGCUUCGAACCUCUUGACUGACUUUGCCAAUGGGGUGAAUACUCUCGAACGUCUUGUUAAUCAGUUGGGUACUAAAAGAGACAGCAUUUCGUUACGCAAAACCAUAGAGGAGAUACGAAUUCCGGAACUCAACGAGUACAGACAGCAAUUGGAGCAUCUGACCAAUGAUAUUUCCCAUCUGAUCACGAAUAACUCUUUGGCUUCAUCUGAAGAUAAGUUUAGCGAGGAGAAGCUAAGGAAUGAGUUUGAAAAGAUUAAGAAGAAUUUCAGUCAGAUAAGGAGAAACUACACCGAAAGAAGUUCCUCGGUCAUACUUCAUGAUAGAAUGGCAAAUAAGACAUCGAUGAUGGAUCAACAACAGUCGGCGUCAUCCUCAGAGCUUGAUGAACGUACUCCGUUGAUGCGACAGCAACAGCAACAACAGCAACAGCAAUAUACAGUACCACAACAAGACCUCGACCUUCACACUAUUCUUGCAGAAGAGAGGGCACAGGAGAUUAAGAGGAUCCAUACUGGAGUGGAGGAGAUCAACUCCAUCUACAAGCAACUUGGAUUUCUGGUUCAACAACAAGGUUCCCAGAUUGAUACUGUUGAAAAUAACAUGACAAGCAUUUCCCAACAGACCCAACAUGCUUCACGGGAAUUGGUAAAAGCUGACAAUUAUCAGAAGCAAAAGAAGAAAUGGAGCUGUAUUAUAUUGUUGAUACUGGUUAUUGUCGUACUGAUAGCUGUCCUUGCAAUAUUUUCAUGA